GCUUUUUUUCCGAAACAAAAAACUUUCGUGUCCUGUCGUUCUUGUUCACUUACUAUUUGGAUUUUUCUCUGUGUUCUUUAAUCUUCCCAUCUCUAUGUUUUUCCGUCCUUUGAGAUUCAUCAAGAGAUGCGUUUUUUUGUGGCAGUAAAAGAGUCUUCUUUUUGAAGUGUGUUAUCUGAUUAUUGUUUAACACCUUGGUUUGUAGAAAUACCUAAACGAUCACGAGGUCAAGAACAACAACGUUCUCAUUUGCAAGAAAACUCAAUAUUUGUGAGGAUGGAACCGCAGCAUACCGAUGAUGUGUUAAAGCAUUUGGAGAAACAGAAGGAAUUACUCAAAGAAGCUCAUCAGACCAUGUUGCAAGAACUCCAAAAACUCGAGGUUGAACAUGAGACGAUGAUGCGUAAACUCUAUGAGCUAAUGAACACUCAUACUUUAAAUCAAAAGAAAAUGGAGGAAACUCAAAAUGUGUUGGAGGGAAGCGAAACAAUUGAAGCUUCAUCUCAAUCAACUGUAACUACUGAUGAUGAAGAACAUUGAAGAGCUCACUUUCUAUAAUCCCCCUAAUCAGAUACACCGGGCCGGUUUUGGGCCGGGAUUGAUGGGCCGUGAUUGAAUGGGCCAAAGAUUGGAUCUUAGGUUUGGAAGAGAGGUUGCUUUACAUUGAAAUUUUGAACCUCGGAUCUAUCUUUACAAAGAAUCUGCAACCUAUGUACAAUGUAUAAAUAUGCAAUCUCUAUAUCUAAAAGCGAUAAUAUAAUGUCAUAAAGUAA